AUGGAGGCCAAUGCUUCUGGCUUUUUCUCAACCAUUAACUUGGUGAAAACCAUCGUUGGUGCUGGAAUGCUGGCGAUUCCGUACGCCUUUCGUAGCGAUGGAAUCCUCGUAGGGGUGCUUUUGGUUCUUGUUGGGGCCAUCACGUCUGGAUUUGGGCUUUUUGUCCUUGCCAAAUGCUCUAAGGCCCUAAAAGAGCCCAGAACGUCGUCGUUCUUCACGCUCUGCUCCAUAACGUAUCCGUCACUUUCGCUACUUUUCGAUUUCUCCAUGUUUGUGCAGUGCUAUGGGGUUGGUCUGAGCUAUCUGGUGUUGGUGGGUGAUUUGCUACCGGGGGUCCUGGGAGGUACAAGAAACGGCUGGAUUUUGGCCAGUGCAGUGCCCAUUGUUCCCUUGGUGCUUCUCAAAAAACUCGAUAGUUUGAAAUAUUCUAGCAUCCUGGGACUUUUCGCGGUCGCAUACCUGGUGUGUCUGAUUUUGGGCUCAUUCGUGGAAAACACACUUCUCACUGAGAAUUACAGGGAAAUAAGAGGUGACGUCUCCUGGAUUAACGUUUACGACAUGAAGGGCGUGGUCAGCACAUUCACAAUCGUGAUUUUUGCAUUCACAGGGUCCAUGAACAUGUUCAGCAUCAUCAAUGAACUCAAGGAUAACAGUUUGACCAAUAUCAACAUAGUGAUCUCCAGAUCUUUGCUAAUCUCCGCUGCUUUGUUUCUCUGUGUUGGUAUUUGCGGGUACCUCACUUUUGGAAGCAACGUUUUAGGCAACAUUAUGCUUAACUACAACCCCGAAUCAUACUGGACCGUUAUUGGGAAAGUUUGUUUGGGUGUGGUUGUGAUACUGUCAUUCCCUCUUCUCUUCUAUCCUUGCAGAAUUGCAACAAACAAUAUGAUCCAUUGGGUUCGCAUCACAUACGUGGAAUUUGAAGAAGACCCAGUUGACAGCAGCGAGAACAACGACCCUACAGCCCCAAUUGCCAUGGUCGUAGAAGAUGAAGAAGACAGGCUAUUACUGGGAGCCGAUAACUCCUACCAAGCUACAUCGUGCCAAGAUGCUUCCCACGAUCUUGAGGAAAAUGUUACGCGCGUAACAAACCCAGUUGCGGCUGUUCCUUUUUCGGACAAAUCUUUUUACAUCUUGACAGCGAUUCUUGUUAGUUCGCUGUAUUUGCUGGCCCUUAAUGUGACGUCUUUCGCGCUUGUGCUUGGAUUAGUUGGUGCUACUGGUUCAACCUCCAUUUCCUUCACUCUUCCAGGACUUUUCGGGUUCAAAUUAAUUGGAUCGCAAGCUGCCAAGCACGGUCAAUUGAUGUCAAGAGCGGAUUUAAUAAUAAGACGCUGUAGUUUACUUCUGUCAAUUUUUGGAGUCGCCGUAACAUGCUUGUCGCUAUACGUGACUUUGUUCUUUGGAGUGUAA